CACGUGACGAGGGAGCAGUAAGUGGCAGGCAGGCAGGCAAGUAAGGUGAAUGCGCCGGGUAGAAAUCGUUUUUUACUCGGAUGAAAACGGGAUUAAAAAAAUUAACAAGUAAGAAUUAUUAUUACAACGAAAAUUAUUGCCGCUAAAAUGGAUCCCCGUAAAUUAACAGAAUUAUUGCGAGCAACGAUAGAUCCCGCUCAACAAAAGCAGGCGGAGGAACAGCUCAACCAGAUUCACAAAAUUAUUGGUUUUGCUCCCACUCUUUUGCAAGUUGUAAUUUCGCCGGAUGUUGACAUGCCAGUUAGACAAGCAGGUGUCAUAUAUUUAAAAAAUUUAAUAACGACAAACUGGGUGGAUCGAGAAACUGACAAUGCUGCUUUACAAUUUAGUAUUCAUGAACAAGAUCGUGCCAUGAUUCGUAACGCGAUUGUCGAUGCAGUAGUAAUGGCACCAGAACUUAUAAGGGUACAAUUGGCAGUGUGUAUAAGUAAUAUUGUAAAGCACGAUUUCCCUGGAAGGUGGACGCAAAUUAUUGACAAAAUUACGAUUUACUUACAAAAUCCAGAUGCUUCCUGUUGGCCCGGUAUUCUUCUUGCUCUCUAUCAACUUGUUAAAAAUUUCGAGUACAAAAAAGCUGAAGAUAGAGGACCACUUCAUGAAGCUAUGAAUUUAUUAUUGCCCAUGAUUUAUCAAUUAAUAAUCCGACUUCUACCUGAUGCAUCCGAGCAGUCUGUCCUUUUACAAAAACAAAUACUCAAAAUAUUUUUCGCCUUAACGCAGUACACUCUUCCUCUUGAUCUUAUAUCGAAAGAAGUUUUCUCUCAAUGGAUGGACGUAGUGAGACAAGUUGCAGAUAGACCUGUUCCCGCUGAAACAAAUGAUCCUAAUUUAGAUGACGAUGAACGAUCUGAAUUGCCCUGGUGGAAAUGUAAAAAAUGGGCACUUCACAUUCUUCAAAGAAUGUUUGAAAGAUAUGGCAGUCCGGGAAAAGUAAUCAAGGAAUAUAAGGAUUUCUCCGAAUGGUAUUUGCAAACAUUUAGCGGUGGAAUUUUGGAAGUUUUGCUCAAAAUAUUGGAUCAAUAUCGUAGAAAAGUUUUCAUUUCUCCAAGAGUUGUACAGCAAUCUCUAAAUUAUAUUAAUCAAGCAGUUUGCCAUGCUCAUUCGUGGAAAUUCUUAAAGCCUCAUAUGUAUGAAAUUAUUCGAGAUGUUUUGUUUCCAAUACUUUCAUAUUCAGAGGCUGACGAAGAAUUAUGGAACACGGAUCCUUACGAGUACAUUAGAGUUAAAUUUGAUAUAUUCGAGGACUUUGUUUCUCCUGUGACUGCUGCACAAACAUUAUUACACGCGUCAUGUAAAAAGCGCAAAGACAUGUUACAAAAGACAAUGCAAUUCUGUAUGGAAGUCUUAACCAGUCCGAAUGCUGAUCCUCGACAAAAGGACGGUGCUUUGCACAUGGUGGGAAGCCUCGCUGAUAUUUUGCUGAGGAAAAAGAUUUAUAAGGAUCAAAUGGAUAAGAUGCUCAUGCAGUAUGUCUUCCCUGAAUUUAAUAGUAUACAUGGUCACAUGAGAGCGAGGGCAUGUUGGGUGUUACAUUACUUUUCUGAAAUCAAGUUUAAGGAAGAAUUAAUUUUAGUUGAAGCGAUGAGAUUAACAAUUCAUGCAUUGUUGACGGAUAAAGAUCUUCCGGUGAAAGUUGAAGCCGCUAUUGCUCUUCAGAUGUUGCUUAUUGCCCAAGAGAAAGCACAACGAUUUCUUGAGCCAUUUAUUAAACAAAUAACACUUGAAUUAUUGAAUAUUAUUAGAGAAACAGAAAAUGAUGAUUUGGCGACUGUUAUGCAAAAACUUGUUUGCACAUAUCCAGAACAAUUAAUGCCAAUAGCUGUGGAAAUUUGUCAACAUUUGGCUGCAACAUUUAGUCAAGUUUUGGAAACGGACGAGGGUAGCGAUGAGAAAGCCAUUGCGGCAAUGGGUUUAUUAAAUACAAUAGAAACACUUUUGUCAGUGAUGGAAGAUCAACCACAAAUAAUGGCUCAAUUGCAACCUACAGUUCUACAAGUGAUUGCUCAUAUUUUCGGUCAAAGUGUUAUGGAAUUUUAUGAAGAGGCUUUAUCGUUGGUUUACGAUCUCACGGGAAAAUCAAUUUCCGAAGACAUGUGGAAAGUAUUGGAACUUAUGUAUCAAUUAUUUCAAAAAGAUGGUUUCGAUUAUUUCACCGAUAUGAUGCCUGCGCUUCACAAUUAUAUUACCGUCGAUACACCAGCAUUCCUAUCGAAUGAAAAUCAUAUUUUAGCCAUGUUUAAUAUGUGUAAAGCGGUAUUGAUGGGCGAUGCUGGUGAAGAUCCCGAGUGCCAUGCUGCAAAAUUAUUGGAAGUUAUCAUUUUACAAUGCAAAGGACAAAUAGAUCAGUGCAUACCAUCACUUGUUCAAUUGGUAUUGGAACGUCUGACGCGUGAAGUGAAAACUUCCGAACUAAGAACAAUGUGCCUUCAAGUAGUAAUUGCAGCAUUGUAUUAUAAUCCAACAUUGUGUCUCGAUGCAAUGAAUAGAUUACAAGGCACUUUGGGUCAAUCGGCAGAACCAAUUGCUUCGCAUUUCAUAAAGCAAUGGAUACUCGACACCGAUUGUUUUCUUGGGUUACAUGACAGGAAACUUUGCGUUUUUGGUCUCUGCACUUUAAUAAGUAUGGGUCCAUCGAGACCAGCAGCAGUGAAUGAAUGUUCUCAUCAAAUUAUUCCAUCGUUAAUUUUACUUUUUGACGGACUGAAACGUGCCUAUGCUGCAAAAGUUGCCGACGGCGAUGACGAUGGAAAUGAUGAUGAGGAAACUGACAUUGACGAAGAAGUCUUGUCGUCGGACGAGGAUGAAAUUGACGACGGUAGUCAAGAAUACUUGGAAAAACUUCAAGAAAAAGUAACAAAAAAUGUUCAAACCCAUCAUGGAUUCACUGUAAAUUCAUUUAUUCAAGAUGGAAUUGGUGAUCAUAAAUCGGACGAAGAUGAUGAUGAAGAUUCAGAAUAUGAAGCGAACGAAGAGACUGCUCUUGAGACUUAUAUUACACCUUUAGAUUCGGACGACAAAAAACAGGAUGAAUAUGUCGUUUUUAAAGAAAUUAUGCAAAAUAUUGAAAAAACAGAUCACAAUUGGUAUAGAGCGCUAACCAGUAAUUUAACAGCUGAACAACAAAAAACCUUGCAAGAAAUCAUUCUCCUCGCCGAUCAGCGUAAAGCUGCGUUAGAAAGCAAACGAAUUGAACAGAGUGGAGGUUACGCCUUUCAUUCUCAAACUGUGCCCACCUCGUUCAAUUUUGGCGGGACGCCAUUAGGUCGAUAAAGAAAAUUAAUAAGGUUUUUUUUUUUUUUUAUUUAAGACUUAAGUAAGUAAAUAAACAAACAAAAAAUUAUAAAAGUUAAUUACAUCGUUAAGACAGUUAAUGAGGAGACAAAACAAAAAGAAAAGAACUGUUAAUACGAUCAUUUAGGAAGACAAUAUAGCACUUCCUAUUUACUAUUUUUUUGUAAACUAAAUGUACAUUAUCCAAGACGGUCGGAUUAAUUUUUAAUUAUUCUGAAAUACGUCAAUAACAAUCUCAACAAAAAAAAAAAUAAAAUAAAUUAAUUAGGUGAUCAAUUUAUUAACUAAAAAAAAUAAAAUCAAUUCACGCAAAUUUACAAUCGCAAGGCGAUGCUACACUUUGUUGUAUAAAGAUUUUAAAUAAUAAGACAAAAGAAAAAAAAAUGUGUCAUUUUAUUUUUUCAAAAAGUAGCGUCACAAUCGAAUGAAAUACGCUUUUUUGUAAUUUUUGCUUUUGAGGCGAUUAAAUUUUCUUUUCUUUAUGCAAAAAUGUACACAUUUUUUAUAUAUAUAUAUAUAAUUUUAGGAGGAAAAAAAAAAAAAAAAAAAAAAUUUAAACGAAAGUACUGUCCAAUUUAAUUUAUCUACUUUUUUCCGGCAUUUUCAAAAGACAAAAAUACGAGCUAAACGGCAAAGAAAAAAUUAUUGUAUUUAAAUAAAUUUCAUUUUGCAAUUACCAAUUACGAAUUAAAAAAUUUUUUUUUUUAACUUUUGGUAAUUGGGAAGUGAAAAAAAAGAGAUUGAAAGCUCGUUUUGUACACUAACGAAAAUAAAAAGCCGUCUAGAGAUCAUUAACAAAAAAAAAAAAACAUCGUCCUAUUUCUCCCAAAGGAUUUAAAUAUUACUUUAGAUAGACAAGUGAAAAAAAAUAGUACUGUAAAAGUUCUGUUUUUUAGCAACUGCGCCUUAAAGAAAUUCGUCUGAAUAAGAAAAAAAAAUUAGAGAGAGAGAAAGAAAGAAAGAGAAAUAUUUCAAAAAAUAUUUGUUAUCAAGAAUUUUUAUAUUCUUAAAAUGUUUCUUAAAAAAUUUUUUUUUUUAUAUAUAUAUAUAUUUAAAGCAUAUAAAAUGUGUUUUUUUUAGUUUGUUUACAUUGAGACGAAUUUCUCGCAUUUUGUGUUUGCUUUGAAUACUUCUUUUUUUUCUCUUCAAUGCAUAAUUGUAAAUUUAUUUAUUCUGAUUCAUUUUUUCAAUACAAUAAUUAAGAGAAAAUUAAAAAAAAAAAAAAAAUUAUUGUACACGUUAUUCAAUUUUUUUAUAAAUAAAUAAAUAUAUAUAUAUAUAUACAUGUAAGUAUAUGAAUGAAGUACUUGACAAGAUUUUAUAUAAUUAAAUAUUUUUCAAUGAAAGAACAAUAUUUAAAAUGCACUCUGUUUUUUCUUUAAUUGUAAAACUGUACAAAAAAGAGGUGUUCUCGGCUGUAAGGUUUUUUUUUUGUGAAAUAAAUAUUUUGUGUCUGCGAUUAAUAUUAAAA